AUGGGAGAAACAAAGGCGCCCGAGCCGCCUUCGGCUUUGGUCUGGCGAGACAGAGAGAAGGCAGAGAAGGAAGAGAAGAAGGAGAAUGAACCCCAGAGUGUCUCUGCGUCUCCGGUGGAAAACGAUGGGGCACCGGAGAGGCAGAAAAACGCUUGGGAAAGAAGAGCGAUGCUUGCAACGGAGAAGAACCGGAAGAAUGCUGAGCCUACAGCUUCUCCCGCAAUUUCUCUUCCCGGCUUUUCGCCCUCAAAGUCUUCCGCGCUUUUCUGUGCUUCGCCAGUUUCUUCUUCGCCGUCUUCCCACCUCUCGCCGCCUCGCUGUCCCUCCUCGCCGUCUCCGUCCCCUGAGGAGACUCGAAGCCUGCAGGCGUCUCUCGAUGCUGCACGCCGUGGCGAUUGGCAGCGAACUUUCUUCCACUUCUCUCGAGCACUUCAGUCCCUCUGGGGUUCUCUGAACAGCGAAGAAGAACGUUUGACCUUGCUUUCUUCCUCAGUCUCAAAAAAGGGUGGAGCCCCGCUCUUGGGCAGAUUGAGCUGUGGAGAAGCGCGCGCUGAGAACCUGUCUUCGCGUCUUCGGCGCUUCGUCCGGUUCGUUAAUAUUCUCUUUGUUCUCCUCACUUCACCGUCUCCGAACCCUGGACCGUCCCCUCCUUCCUUCUCGCUGUCGGAGUUGUCUGUCUCUCUCCUUCGCUCGUUCCCCUCGUCUUCCUUUCCUCGGGAAGUGCCUUCGCCGCCCGCACCCGGGCCCUGGCCCAACCCACGCCCUUCGCCGUCUUGUGGAAAUGUGGCGUCUGCAUGCAGCGAGGCUACUGGAGACGCUCCGCCUCCGCCUCCAGCCGUCUCCGCUCCGUUCCGCUCUCGGCGGACAGCCUCUGCUGGGGAUCCCGACGAUGCCGGCGGAGACAGCGCGAGCGCAGAGGGCCAAGACGGCGAAACUGCGGAGAGAGAAGAAACGGAGGCAGAGGAGGCUGUCAGGAUGGUUCUGACGGAAGCCGCGAGAGACGGCCUUCGUCUCCCCCCGCCGCUUCUCGUGGCCUUGCGGCUCUACGUGGAUCUGCGGCACCUGCAGAGAAGGCUUCAUCGUUUCUGGCGAAGCAGAGAGACGUGCCGAUCUCUGCUUGGACAGGCAGAAGGGGAGACGGCGCGGGCCGAAGAAUGCGGCGCGGAAAGAGGAAAAGAAGGCCUCGCGGCGGUCGAAGACGGGAGAGAAGAAAGACCCGAACAGGAGGGAGAAACAGGACCGCAAGAGCCGCGCUCAUCCACCGACUACAAAGACAGUGGCAAACUCCUGAGCCCAGAGGAAGCAGAGACUCUCGGAGGUUCUCGCGACGAGGCCUCUCUUUCGCCGUGUUCGUCCGGUGCCUCGAGGGAAGGCUCACCGAACUUUGGAGGCAAUCCCAUGGGUGGCUGUUGCGUCACUGACACGGGCGGUGACGCGGGCGUUUCUUCGCAUGCGCAGCCGAUUCGACCGUUGGUGCGUCUGCCGCGCAUUUUCCCCGCUUCCGCGUUCCCCGUGACGGCCUGUGUGACCACCGGGUUGUUCUCAGCCCUUGCGCGCGAGAGCGAAAAGUGUCUGGAAAACAAAAACAAAAGACUCGCAGCGCGGCCUGCUGGCGAGGACCGCAUGUGGCUGCUGCCGCUCGUCGGCGCCCUGUGGCGAAACGCGAAAAGAGCGCAUGCGACGUUGCUCGACUUUCUCGCGCAGGAAGAACGGAGAGCACACGCGAAAUCUCGAGAAAAAGCAGCAGAGGAAGACAGAGGAGACCAAGAAGGAACACAGAGACGACCAGGAGACCGACCCACGGGAGCAAACCUAGGCCGAGAGACACCGCAGAGCGAGAUGCGGCCGGGAGGGCUCCCGACCCAAGAGGCGGACCCCAAGACCGUGAAGAGAGGCGCAGUGGAUGAAACUACAGAGAAAAGACUCGAAAAACAAACGCCCCCCAAGACGGUCCUCGAUGUCCCUGCCUGCAAUGCCCUAAUGAACGUCCUAGCCAAAUGCCGAGGUAGAGGCGAACGCGGAUUGGCGGCCUCAACCGUUUCACCUCUUGACAUUCUGCGAGAAAUGGAGGAAGACUUGGGGCUGCGCCCGGAUCUGCAGAGUUUCCACACGGCGAUGGACGCCUUCGCGAAAGACGGCGACAUUCGAAACGUCUCGAGGCUGUUUGACCGUCUCCUCGCGAACGGCCUACAACCCCAAACGCGCACCUUCUCCAUUCGCCUCCACGCGGCGGCCCAGCAUGGAGACAUCGCCGGAGCUCGGGACAUUUACGCCGACAUGCAAGCGUGGAAGGUGGAGCCGAACGCAUUCGUUCUCACAACGCUCAUCCAUCUGUGCACGAAAGCGGGGCACUUCAAGAGUGCGGUUCGCCUUUUUGAGAAAAUGACAAAUGACAAAGUGAAACCCACCGUGGCCGCGUGGACUGCGCUCCUUGACGCGUGCUGCCAAGCUGCGGGGGCUCGAGCCCAGGAAUCCCACCUCCUACGGAGCGUUUCUUCUCGUCCUUUGCCUCCGUCUUUGUCUCCAUCGUUUUCUGCUCCGUCUCCCUCUUCUUCACCUCUUUCUUCUGCUCUUUCGUCGCCCUCUUCGCUUCCACCUCCCGCUUCCUCGCCUCGGGCUGCCGGAGAAGAAGUCGCUGCGGAGGCGCGCGGAUCGCGAGACGCGGGCUCUGAACAGGCCGCGAUUUGUCGCGGGAACGAGGAGCGAGGCAGUUUCAUCCAUGCAGACGGAGCAGGGAAUGUCGAGGCGAAGGAUCUCCAAGAAGGGGAAGAUUCACCGUUUCGAACUGUCCCGUGGUUGCCCCAGGCCAUGCAAGCUAUGGCUGCCUCGGGACUUCUUCCGAACGAACGUGCCUGCAACAUCUUCUUGUACGGCCUUCUUCGCCAUCCGCGGCCUGCCGUUCACUUCGACGCUGCCAUGGGAGUCUGCCGCUUCAUGAGAGAGCUCGGCGUGUCUGUGAACCAGUUAACGUUCACGUCGCUGAUCUCUGGGCUGCACAAGCGUUUUAACUCCCUCCGUUAUUCACUGAGGCGCGAGGGCGUAGAGGCGCACAGAAAGCAGGGAACCGGAGACGGCUGCCAUGUGGAGAGAGACAGCAAGCAGAAGCUGAGGCCUGCCUUUGCGCUUCACCCCGCCCCGACGCCUACGCACACCGCCACCUCGAUCUCUGCAUUUCUUCGGACCGCUUCUCAGUGCGAGUUCGAUCCUGCCGUCAGGAGUCUCCUGCAGCGUUUCUUCGGCGCGUGCAGUCAUCUGGAAACCUUGUUCGACCGCAUGCGCGCAUUGCCUUCCCCUCCAACCGGUGGGUUUGCUUCCUCGCCCUCGGGUUCGCCGACGUCUCCCUCUUCGUUUUCGGAGGAGCGCGACUGCACGCAUGCAACGCCGAGAAGCGACGGCGCCGAAGGCGAGACGGAAGAGGCGCGGGACGAAGAGGGGGGACAACGGACACAGGAAGACUCGCACAGAGUCGGGGCAGAACGAGAAGAGCGGGAGCGAACUGAAGCAGAGGGAGAGGGAGGGAAGGGCGCCGAGAGUGGCGGGGAGGGUUCUUCGCUCCAAAGACGUGAAGAAAGACUGCCUGCGUUCGAGGAAAGAAGUCCCGACGGAGAUUCCGGAAGAAACGAGCGUGAGACGUCGACGCGUCAGAACGGGGCCCGCACGACAAAGAUCGUGCCUUGCCUGGCGGCAGCCGAAAAAGCCCUCAGGACGAUUCGCGCCGCAUCUUUCAAACUCCUCGGCCGCGCGUCAACCGCGAAGCACCAGGCUGUCUCGCAGAACUUGCAGAACCCGUGGGCCGGCUCGUCAGAGUCUCCCGCCUUCUCGCCUCUCGCCCCUUCGCCUCUGUCCUCUCCAGCCGCCAUGCCGUGUUUUUCAAAGGCUCUGAGUCCCCUGACUGCCCUCGCUGUCGAGACAGCAACGGAACGCGCGCGCGCAAUCUCGCGUGUGGUUUCGCUGCUGCGUGCAGCCUCUCGCCAGACUGCUCGCCCUUCGCUCUCUUGCGAUUCGGCAUCUUCCGCGGGUUCGCCGGCUGCAGGCGCCUCUUUGGCGCGUCUCCAGGCAGCCGUCGAAGCGGUGGAUGCGUUUGCAUGCGCGCACGUGAAGCGAGCGCUGGAGCUGUGUGGAGAAUGCGUAGGAGCCUCGUCUGGCGCGUCUCGGCUCACAAACGCUCCUCUUGGUCGAACGCCCGUCCGUCCCGAGAUGGACUGGAGCCGAACUGCGUCGCGAAUAGAGAAGAAACUGGCAUCCGACGGCAACUGUGAGCAGCGCAUGCUUUUCCCAAACGUCCCGGGAGGGCUAGAGGCCGAUGGAGCGAGAGAGCGACGCGAAGCAAUGCACGGCGUUUUGUCUGCGCCUGCCGGCGCAGACGCCAGGCAGAGCGGCGCGGAAAAAGAAAGACCAAACACGUGCAUGCAGCGGCACCGGAGUGAUCAGAGUGACGCUCGGGAGACGGAGAUGGCACGAGGAGAGCAUGCAGACUGUGGAAUCGAAAAAGACGAGCAGAGAGGAGACGAGAUGGGGGAAAGCCUGUUCGACUGGCCCGAAGGCGAGAGACCUGGUGGCCGAGUCGAACGGGAAGAACAGAAAACGCAAAGGACCGAAUUGUGUCGGGAUAUGCGGCAGUCGCGACACACUGAUAAACGCUCGCGUGGGUGCACAGAAGGUCUAGAUCUAGAUCGAACAGACCAUCAAGCUCGGCACGACCGAGGCCGAGCGCUGCCUGCCUGGCUGUCUUUGUCGACGGCGGGCGAGAGCGAAGAAAGAAGAGAAAUGAACUCUCGGUUCAAGUCACGUCUCGGGACUUCCUCUGGGGCACAUGCACCAACACCCGAUCAAGCGAGAGAGGCCUUAGCGAACCUGUUCAAGACUGCAGAGGAGUCUCUCCGCCCUCACCCUGCCGACACGUCGACACACACUCUCACUCUGUCGGCGUCCAGUCCUCUCUCUGCGCCUUCCUCUUCUUCGUCUUCGUCGUCUUCGUCCUCUUCUUUGCCUUCUUUCUUGUGUGGAGAUGAAGGCUCGUGUGAGAGCGGGAAAGAGGAGAGAGACGGGAGUGAGCGGGCGGGGUCUGCCGAGCGCGCGUUUGGACUGUCGCCUCAGGAGGUUUCGCGCCGCGGCAAGCUUCGAGAAGCCUUCGCUCUUUUCAAGGCUCUCGUGGCAGAGACAGCUGGACACCUGCCGCGCGACAGUGGCGCGGAGGGGGAGACCCCAGGAGAGAAGACACAGGGAAAGGCCGUAAGGUUCACGUGGACAGGGGGAGUGCGACGCGUCGCCCCGGUGAGCGCUGCAGACAGAAAGGCGCUGGAGAGCGCUGAGGGCUGUGCGGGGGGAAACCAGGCAGAGGCGAGAGAUCCAGACACCAAGCGAGGCCGAGUUGUCGUCCCCGACGUUGCUGCCUUCAACGCCCUUCUCAAUGCGUGCGCCCAAGUCGGGCACAUCGCCCUUGCUCUCGCCGUCUUCACCACCAUGCAGCGGUGUCGCCUGUCGCCUGAUGUGUUGACGUACACAAUUCUGAUAAAGGCCUGUGGAAUAGCUGGAGAGGUGGACACUGCAGAGCUCGUGUUUGAGGCUCUGAAACAGCGCACCUUUCCCAGUCAACCGAGUGCGCCAAACGGAUUCUUCACACCCUUUUCUUCGCCGCCGCUCUUCUCCCUCCCUUCUUCCCUCCAUCCUCCAUCUUCUUCUUCUCCUUCUCCAUCUUCUGCCUCUCCUUCUCCAUCUUCUUCCUCCCCUUCUCCAUCUUCUUCCUGUCUUUCCGGCUCUUCGUGCGGGUCCGCGGUUGACGCAAAGCCUAUGAGGGAUUCGUUCUCGGCGUCUCCGCUCCCUGACAGCUCGCCUCUCAGACUGUCCGAGGUCACAUACUACCAGAUUAUGCGGGCGAACUACCGCGCAGGGCGCUUGAAGCGGGUGUGGGGCCUUUGGAGAGAACUGCGAGAAGCCGCUGUCCUCGCGCUCCGAUCGGAGUCGCGGGAGACAAGCCAGCGCGCGUUCCUCCCCUCGUCAGCAUACUGUUUGGGUCCGCGCGUGACGAAACUGACGCUGGGGUGGAUGCUCCGGAUUUGCAUCGAGAAUCGUCUCUCGCAAGAGGCGCUGGAACUCUGCGAACACGCCAAGGUUUUCGGCGUUCGUCUACCGAGCCGUCUGCAUCAGGCCUUCCGCCAUCUCGUCGCUCCGUCGUCGUCUUCUAUGCCCCGAGGCGCAAAACAUGUCCGGCCCUCUGCGGCUCUCUCGCACUCCGCUCCUGAGUAA